UCCUCCUAAGCGAAACUGCGACGUGCGGUAUUCCUUUCUAGUGCCCAUCGGUCAACUACGAGUGAUCCGCAUAUUCGAACUCACCGCCGCACGAUACAGAACGAGGUUCCCCAGAGUCGGCAACAUCUAGAGGUCCAGGAGGUGCCGGUCCCUGCAAGCCACGAGAGUGCCAUUCAGAGGUACCGAGAGCAACCGCACGGUGGACGACCACUGGAAGUAACGCGUCGCCCGUGAUUGUGCGCGUGUGUGUGUAAAAAGCCUUUAUAAAGAAAUUCGACAAGUUAUCAUUGCUAACUGUCAUCGUGUCUCUAUGAUGUCGUCUCUAGUGGCAGUAUGCGCGAGAAGGAUAAAUAAACAGCUAUUUUCGCGCAAAGUGCCAGUCGUGAAACAAGUAAUACGAAAUUUAGAGGUACACGAACAUGUCGCAUACACUUUAUUGAAGACAGCCGGCAUUCCCACUCCGCCUUUUGGGGUGGCGAAGACGCCCGACGAAGCAGCCACGUUAGCCAAGGAUCUCAAAACUAAGGACAUAGUGCUGAAGGCGCAGGUUCUCGCUGGAGGUAGAGGAAUAGGAAGAUUUCGGGAAACCAACGUUAGCGGUGUUAUGAUGUGCGAAACACCCGAGCAGGCGAAGAAGUUGGCGAGUAACAUGAUCGGUAAAGUACUGGUGACGAAGCAAACGGGUGCAGCCGGAAAGAUAUGUAACUCCGUGAUGGUGACGACACGCAUGUUCCCGCGCAAGGAAUAUUAUAUUGCGGUGAUGUUGGAACGCACUUUCGACGGACCCGUGUUGAUCCUUUCUAAGCAAGGCGGUGUAAACAUCGAGGACGUCGCUGCUACGAAUCCUGAAGCCAUAUCAUACAUACCGAUUGACGUGAAGAAAGGUUUAACGGCCGAGCAAGCGGAUAGCGUCGGCGAUAAGCUGGGACUGACAGAACAGAACAAGGAGAUCGCGUCGAUUAUCGCCUGUAAUCUUUACGAGCUGUUUGUCGAAAAGGACGCGUUGCUCCUCGAAAUCAAUCCACUCGCGGAAGACAUUUGCGGCGAAUAUUACGCGCUAGAUUGCAAAUGCAACUUCGACGACAGUGCCAAUUUCCGACAGAAGGAAUUAUUUGCAUUCAAAGACAUGACUCAGAUGGACCCGAAUGAAGUCGAGGCGGAGAAGCAUAACUUGAAUUACAUUACCUUGGACGGAAAUAUCGGUUGCUUGGUAAACGGAGCUGGCCUUGCUAUGGCCACCAUGGACAUCAUAAAAUUUUACGGCGGUAUGCCAGCGAAUUUUUUGGACGUUGGAGGAACCGCUACAGUCGAGACUGUGACGGAAGGUUUCAAGAUACUGUCUUCGGGUGAAAAUGUGGAAGCUAUUCUAGUCAACAUUUUCGGUGGCAUAAUGAGAUGUGACAUAAUCGCCCAAGGGAUCAUCAACGCUUCCAAGCAAUUAGACUUAAAGAUACCCGUGGUCGUGCGAUUACAGACUAAAGGUUUGAAUAAGAAAGAGAUAAGGAGAAAGAAACAGAAAGUAAAGAAUACUUUAUAGAUUAAACUUUAACCUCUUCAGAGAUGAAUGUCUUAACGCAUGUCUUGGAUACUCGCCACGGAACUUUGAACUGAUGACGUCAGAAGCGAGAAAACGCAUGUUAAAAAAUGUAAAUGUAAUGUUGCUUACAACAUUAUGACCAUAUAUAAUUUUAAGAUUACUAAAAUUUCCAGAUUAAGGACAAAGAUUGUUCAUAAUGAUAUUCUAUACGUAAUAAUAACAUUAAAAACAACAUAUUUGUAAACGUUACAUGUUGCUGAAUAACGUAAUAAUAACAUUGCUGUAAUGUUUUUUUGUUUA